AUGCAGUUAUCGAUUACUUCAAUUACAGCUUUCGUAGCUUUAAUUUGCUCAACACAAGCAUUUUUAGGUUUGUAUUUAUUUGCAGACCUUUUUGGAAACUUCCUUCCUCCAAAAGGUACAACUCCUCCACCAACACCACAAUGUGAUAUAAAAAAAAUUUAUAUUGGUGAAAAUGUUAAUCAAAAGAGAGAUAUAUCAAAAAGUUUUGAUGCUGUUUUCGGUAUUUCUGCUGCUCAAAAAAAUGACGAUGGUACUUAUAAUGUUUUUGCUAAUUAUGAAGCCAAAGAUGCUAAAGCUUUAAAAGCAAACUUUACAGAUGUUAUUAAAAAGGUUUCAUUCACAGGUACAAAGGUUAUUGAUGUUGAUAUUUUCGGUAAAGAUCUUGAAAUUUCAGUUUCAGAUGCUUUCAAAUGGUCUACUGCUUUCAAAGUUAAACCAGAUAUUAUUGGUGGUAAAUGUUGUUUACCAUCAGGUUUCAAAAUUAUUUUUGAUUUUUGGGAUGAAUUAAAAUUUGAUUUAGAUUCAGAGUUAUAUUGGAAAGCUAAAAAACUUAAAGAAAUUCUUGGUUUAGCUAAUACUAUUAAACUUAAUUUAAUUUCUGAUGUUUUUAAAGUUUUUGAUAUUGAGAAAUAUUUUAAAUUACAAUUGGAUUUAAGUAAAAGAGAAGAAUUUGAAAAUGAUUUAGAUUAUUCUUCAAUUGAUAAAAGAAAUUUCGAUUGGAUUGCUGAAUUUUUAAAUAAAAUCACCCAAAAAGGUAUUCAAGCUGAACAACAAUGUUGGGAUUGUGAGUGUCCAUCAGGCUCAAGUUCAUUACCAUCUUCAACUUUAAGUUCAUCAACUAUCUCAUCAAGUGAAAGUUCAGUUUCAUCAACAAUUUCAUCAAGUGCAAGUUCAGUUUCAUCAUCAUCAUCAGAAUCAUCUACUAUAAGCUCAGUUUCAUCAACUGCUCCACCAAGCUCUAGUUCUGUUUCAUCAACUGCUCCACCAAGCUCCAGUUCUGUUUCAUCAACUGCUUCAUCUAGCUCAAGUUUUGUUUCAUCAACUGCUUCAUCUAGCUCAAGUUCCUUCACAUCCCCAUCUAGCUCAAGUGUAAUCUCAUCAUCAUCAUCAUCAUCAUUCACAACCCCAUCUAGCUCAAGUAUUAUCUCAUCAUCAUCAUCAUCAUCAUCAUCAUCAUCAUCAUCAACAUCAUCAUCAUUCACUACACCAUCUAGUUCAAGUAUUAUAUCAUCAUCAUCAUCAUCAUCUUCAUCAUCAUUCACUACACCAUCUAGUUCAAGUAUUAUCUCAUCAUCAUCAUCAUCUAGCUCAAGCUUAAGCUCAGUUUCUUCAUCUGCUUCAAGUAGUGUUUCUUUCACAACUCCAUCUAGCUCAAGUGUAAUCUCAUCAUCAUCAUUAUCAUCUAGUUUAAGCUCAAGCUCAGUUUCUUCAUCAUCAGUCUCAAAAUCUAGUUCAGUAACUGGUCCAGCUCCAUCAUCAAGCUCUUCGGGCUCAAUCACUGCCCCAGUCUCAUCAUUAUCUUCAUCAGCUCCACCGGUCUAUGGUAAUUCUUCAAUUGUAUCAAGUACUACCACUAAAGUUCCUCCACCAGCAACUGAAUCAAAAACAACUGAAAUUCCUCCACCAGCAUCAUCAUCAAUUUCAACUCCAGAAAUCAGUAAAACUGUAAUUACAACCACUGGUGAAGGCUCAAAAGUAUCAACAAUAACUACAGGAUUGACAACAAUUACUGAAGGCACUACUGUUUAUACUACCUACUGUGAAUUAACUGAAUCAUCUGAAUCAAAAACUACUGAAGGUCAACCACCAGCAUCUGAAUCAAAAGCUACUGAAGUUCCUCCACCAGCAUCUGAAUCAACUUCAACUCCAGAAAUCAGUAAAACUGUAAUUACAACCACUGGUGAAGGCUCAAAAGUAUCAACAAUAACUACAAGAUUGACAACAAUUACUGAAGGCACUACUGUUUAUACCACCUACUGUGAAUUAACUGAAUCAUCUGAAUCAAAAACUACUGAAGGUCAACCACCAGCAUCUGAAUCAAAAGCUACUGAAGUUCCUCCACCAGCAUCUUAUUCAAAAACUACUACUGAAGUUUCACCAUCAGGCUCAAAAACUACUACACAAUCUGGUGCUUCUCCAUCUUCUCCAAGCGGUGGUGCUAACGAAGGAUCAAGCUCAGGUAAUGAAGGAGGUAAAGGUUCUACUUCAGGAUCUCACUCAACUACAGUCGCAAGUAGUCCUUCAUCAUCUGCUGCUGUUAGUGUUCCAGCUUAUGAAGGUUCAGCUUCUAAUGCACAUUAUUCAUUUGGAGCAGCUUUACUUGGAGCUAUUGCUCUCAUGUUUUAA